AUGGCUGUUCUUGGCUACAUAAUGAUAGUUUUAUUCGGACUACUCUGCUUCCUUUUUCUUGGUCAUUAUUGGAAACACAACAAAAACUCACCACCCAUCACCAACUGGCCUGUCGUAGGAAUGCUACCAGGUCUUUUUCGAAAUGCAUCACGUAUGUACGAUUGCACGAGCCGAGUUCUACAACACUGAGGCACUGUACAGGUGAAAGGCCCUUGGUGUACUGGCAUGAAUUUUUUCAUCACCAGUGAUCCUAUGAAUGCUCACUACAUUUUGAGCAAAAACUUCCUCAACUACGAAAAAGGGUCUGAAAUCCGAGAGAUUUUGGAGCCUUUAGGUGAUGGGAUUAUCAAUUCUGAUUCAGAUUGGUGGGCAUACCAGAGAAAGAUGAUGCAUUCGAUCAUGAAAAACAGCAAGUUCGAGUUGUUUUUAAUGAAAGUUGUUCAACAAAAGGUGGUCACUGGUCUCAUUCCACUUCUCAAUCACAUCUCCAAGUCAAAUAUUGAAGUGGACUUACAAGAGGUUUUCAAGCGGUUCACGUUUGAUAACAGUUGCUUAAUGGUUUUAGGCUUCGACCCAAUUUCUCUUUCAGUUGAAUUUCCAAAACGUACCUAUGAAAAGGCUUUUGAUGAAAUAGAAGAGGCUAUUUUAUACCGUCACAUCGUGCCCAAAUGGUGUUGGAAGCUACAAAGAUGGCUUCAAAUUGGACAAGAAAAGAAGCUAAGAAAAGCUUGGGAUGCCUUUGAUCGUUUCUUAAACCAACGCAUCGCAUCAAAGCGAGAACAACUAUUAAGCCGAGAAAAAACCCACUUGGAGGAAGCGAAGUUCGACUUAUUGACAGCUUAUAUGAUGCAAGAGGAAAUUGUAAACAUGGGAGUUUGCAGUAAAUCCAACAAGAUUUUAAGGGAUACAGCAUUUAAUCUCAUUGCAGCUGGGAGUGACACCAUGGGUGCAGGUCUCGCUAGGUUUUUUUGGCUAAUUGCAACGCACCCAUCUGUAGAAAUGAAGAUUCUAAAGGAGAUCAAAGAGAACCUUAUGGUGAAAGACGAUAAGAAAGAAGUGGAGUGUUUCGGUAUUCAAGAGCUAGAUACACUUGUUUAUCUCCAUGCAGCCUUAUGUGAAGCCCUACGUCUAUACCCUGUGGUGGCUUUUGAUCCUAGAACUGCAGUUAAAGCAGACACUCUUCCGAGUGGCCACCAUAUUAGUGCCAAUACACCCAUUAUAAUUUCUCUUUAUGCAAUGGGAAGGAUGGAAGAAAUAUGGGGUGAAGAUUGCAUACAAUACAAGCCAGAGAGAUGGAUUUCAGAGCAAGGAGGAUUAAUUUCUGUACCAUCUUAUAAGUUCACAGCGUUUGGUGGAGGCCCCAGGAGUUGUUUGGGUAAGGCCAUGGCAUUCAUUCAAAUGAAAAUUGUUGCAACCUCCAUCAUAUGGAAUUUUCACUUUGAAAUGGUUGAAGGCCAUCCCGUCUCACCAAGUGUUUCUGUUGUACUUCAUAUGAAACAUGGUUUAAAGGUUAGGAUUACCAAAAGAAGCGUUUGA